AUGUUCCGGCCCGCCGUCAGAGCAGUUCUCCGCGCGCCUGGCGUCGCAGUUCGUGCCCCGGUCAGCAGACGAUUUAUCGGCAGUUCUGGUGCGAGUGAGAAAUCAAGAAGCUGGAAGAACACUGCUCUCCGGUUUGGUCUUGCGGGUGGUGCCAUCUACUACUACAACACCAGCAGCAUCUUUGCCGAAGAAUCAUUCCUACGACAGAAGCAGCGCAGUACAGAAAGCGCCGAAGAACUCCCUACUCUCGAUUCCAUCAAGCCCAAGAUCCGUCAAGAGACCGUCCCGGAACCAGCCCAACCUGCUCUAGCAGCCGAACCUGCCCUUCCCGAAAUCAUCGAUGUUGAUGCCACGCAGCCCGUCUUGGAAGGUGGAUUGAACCCAGAGGCACUCGAGCAAGAGGCCAGCCAGGAAGCCGCUUUCAACCCGGAGACAGGAGAGAUCAACUGGGACUGCCCGUGUCUGGGAGGCAUGGCUCACGGUCCCUGCGGAGAAGACUUCAAGGCGGCCUUUAGCUGUUUCGUUUUCUCCCAGGAGGAACCCAAGGGAAUCGACUGCAUUGAGAAGUUCAAGGCCAUGCAAGAUUGUUUCCGCCAGUACCCCGAAGUAUAUGGCGCAGAGCUAGAGGACGACGAAGCUGCCGCGGCGGCCGCCCCCCCGACGGGAGAAGAAGAGUCGUCGCCCGCCGCCACCGCCGCGGAGAUCGAGGCCGCCUCGUCUCCGGAUGAGAAGCGCGCGCACGCCAAGGAAGUCCACGCCCAGGCCAAGGCCGAGGCUGUCGAGAAGAGUGAACUGGCUGAGUCGGAGGCGUUGGUCCCCAAGGCUGUCCACGAUGAUGCCCAGCUCCAGAACCGCCCGACGGAGAAAUAA